UGUCAGAUUUGUGGAAACAUUUGGGCUAUUUAUAAAAUUCGUGUUCUUUACCAAAAAACUGUAAUAAAUAUUAUUUUGGUAUGUUUGGGGGCUUACGUGGAGUUUCGCCCGCCUCUGAAGAUAUGUCGGAAAGUACAUUAGAACGGAAUCGCGCAGAGAAAGCGCUAAUUACGAAGACGCCUACACAGAGCCAGGUUUUCUUGAAUAAAUCCACGGGGAAUGUUAAAAAUUACUCGGAUAAAAAUGGGAAUGAAGUUACGAAGUCGAUGCAUAAAGGAAGGAAGACUUUUGCGUUUUGGACCCUGGUCUGUUUGUUGUUCGCGCUCGCGAUCGGAAAUUUAAUUUUGACAUUCACUAUUUUGGCUGUUUUGCGUCUCGGACAAGGCAUGGAAUCCAUAGAGUUCUUACCCGAACACAACGCCAUCAAACUCCUGGGGCGCGCGGAGCUGGAGCAUGUCUACAAGAGGGACGGCCUCAUCGAGGGCUUCCGCGACGAGCCUGUUAGCAUCACCAGCGAAAACGGCUCCGUCAACUUCAACUUGCAGACCAGAGUCGCCCGCUCCGAUACGAAGCUGGUGGUGAACACAUCUGGCCUGUUCGUCCGCGGCGUCAACUCGUUUGAAUUGACCGAUCCUGAGUCUGGAGAGACUGUGUUUAGUACUGGCGCCGCUUCCAUCAACGUUCCUACUGGGCUGAACAAUAUACACGCUAAACAAGUAUCAACAAAACGGAUCACAGCACCAGUGGACGAAGACCUAACCCUCCGUUCGGACAAUUCCGCUCACCUUCGUGGCUCCGAAGGCACUCACAUGGAAUCCAAGCAGUUACUCUGGAGCGCUGACCAGGACAUCUACUUAAAAUCCAUCAACGGUUCCGUAGUUUUGAGCGGGAAAGAAGGAGUCUUCGUUGACGUAAAGGCAUUGCCUAUUGCGUUGACUUUCAACAGAACUGAUAGGAUCCAGGGGCAGUUUAAAGUGUGCGUGUGUAUGCCACAAGGGAAGUUGUUUAGGGUGCCGGCACCAGAUGGCACUCGCGUUGCGUGCUCUCACGUCAAUUUGACAGCGCCUAAUAAUCCGUGCGCGUGAGUUGAUUUCAGAUAUGGAUUAGAGGUUGAUUUUAAGUA